GCCGCAGCCGCAGCAGCAUACGGCAAGCUCAGCAAGGACGACCCGCUCAAGCAGCACUACGAGGCCCUCUGGCCAGAGCUCGCCGCAACCAAGCCACCAGCAGAUCAACCAGUCGUUGGAUUCAAGGCAGUGGAGGCAGCAGCUCGACGCUUGGACAAACUCCAAAAGAAGGUACGAUCGGCAGGGGGGCAAGUGGAGAGUGCCCAGCAGUACUUGGCUGAGAGUGAACGCAGGCUUCGUGAAGCUAUGGAAGCAUCCAUUGCAGCAGAAGAUGAGUUCGACAAGCUCAAGGCCACAGUCGGCAAGCAAGAGGUACCAGCCGAACCCGCAGCCGAGAAGCCAACGCUGGCAGCCCUCCUGGAGCAGUUCGAGCACGAGCCUGACGACUUCCACAAGUGGCCCGAGCCAGACAGGGAGGUCUGGCGAGCUGCAAAGGCCAAGGGCGAGCGCAUGGCCCAGACGGCCAAGGAGCACGAGGAGGAGACGGCGAAGCACCUGCGACUUCUGGAGGAAGAGACGGCCAGGCACCAGGAGCAGCUGCGCCAGCUCGAGCAGGCAAGCGUGUCCGCGCUGCCAGCCCAGCCCCUCAGCGAGGAGCCACCACGGGCGCUGAGGCAGCAGGGUCAGCUGCUGCGGCUGCGCCUAACGGCGCCGCGGCAGCUGCCCAACCAGAAGCAGGUGCAGCAGAACAUGACAAAGCAGAGGAACGCCGAGCUAGAGUGGAGGCCCACAUCCAGGAGGCGCGAGAGAAGGUCUCGCAGGCCAGGCGCGCCGAGACAGUCGUCGACGCAGAAGGGCAAGGUGACCACUCAGCAGGGUAGCCGCCCCAAGGCGAGCGCGAAGAAGGCUCGCCGCCCUUGCCACAUCGACUUCUUCAAUGUCACGACCUGGGGCCCCCAGGCACAGGGCUACCUCAUGGAGAUCAACGACACCAAGGACAGGGACAUCAUCGGCAUCGCGGAGCACCACCUCCGCCAGCCUGCGCAGAUAGGACCCUUGGACGUCCAGGACAGGAUCGCGGGCUUCGACGAGCGCUACCUGCACGAGGACGGCAGCGACGUCGCGGUGGUGAUCUCCAACCUGCACAAGGUCCGCUUCGCAGUGGCCUUCGUCUACCUCGAGUGUGGGACGGGCUUCGGAGAGAGGAACGUCGACAUCCUCUGCGACCUGCGGGACAAGAUGGCCGUCUGGGGAGGGCCAUGGGCAGCGCUUGGGGAUUUCAAUAUGACGCCGUCGGAGUUCAACAACAGCAUCUGGCCCAGGGUGCUGAAUGCUCAAGUAGCAGCGGCGGAGGAUGGCGCCCCCACGUGCUUCCCAGCAGGAGGCGAAGCCAGGUGCAUCGAUUUCGCGCUGAUCUCGCAGGGCCUGGUGCCGUAUUUUGACCAGCUAGAGCUGCCCAGGACCGUGCCGUGGAAGCCGCACAUUGGCAUCCGCUUGAAGCUGAGAGGGCGGCCUCUAAAGCUCAAGGGCAGGGUACUUCGCAGGCCAGCAGCCAUAAAGCCACCAGUCGCAGUUGAGAGAAUGCCGAAGUCCAGAGCCGCUUGCAGGCGAGCGGCGCGAGGAGGCCAGGAGGCCAUGCGCCGACGUCAGCAAGCGUUGGCAGAGGCAGGAUGCGACCAGGAAGGAAACGACAUGGAGCCAGUGCCGCAGCUGUACUACGACAAGGAGGUCCAGCACGUCAUCCCUGACGAGCUGUGGCAGGCCACCUCCGAGAGGGUCAGCUUGCGUGUCUACGACGAGUUGCCCCAGCACUUGCAGCACACUGUCGUCGGCAAGAUGAUGGAGCGGGACAUGCUGGAUCUGGGGCAACAGUACGACCACUUCGCUAGCACACUCGAGCUCAGCCUGUGCGAGAGCAUCGGCAUCCCAGAGGAAGAUCGAGGACGUCAUCUCGGGCACAGCAGGCCCCCGAGCUACAAGAGCGUGAGCAUCAAGGACACCGUCACCUCUACGCCAUGGGCAGGGGUUGAAAGGAAGAUCCAUGCGUGGUGGGCGGAGAUAUCCUCCUUGGUGCGGCAGCUCUCGCACCACGCCGCCCGAGCGCAGGAGGCAGCGGCAAGUCGACAGGGCAAGACCCAAGCACGUCCCGAUGAGGACUCGGGAGGAGGACAGGGCCCGUUGGAGCUGGAGCUUGGCCCCGUCAUUUCGGGCAGCCAGGAAGGCCACGAAGAAGGCGACCCUGCACCAGCCUUGAGCCCAUCGAAGAGCUCGGGAGGAAGCUCGGUGGAACGCUCCCCCACCGAGCGGGGCAAGGGCCCCCCCGAGCUGCAGCAGCGGAGCGCAGGCAGUGGAGGCGCAGCAGGAGGCGUCCCAGACCUCCACGUGGGGCAUACCCACAGCACCGCAGACAGCUGCCCAGAAGGGAUGCAGAGGGGUGCCCUUCCCCCACCAGCAGGGCGCAACACCAUGGACAUCCAAGAUCACGACCCCUUCGAGGAUGAGGAGGAGUACUUGGAGUACCGCCAGGAGAUCGCAGACCAGGAAAACAGCGAUGGGUACCACCAACACAUCGAGGGGCAGCAGGCCAGCCUCGAGUCCAGCCAGACCGCUCGCCGUCGAGCAGCUGGACCUGAUUCUCACCCACCAGCAGGACGCAGCACCAUGGACGUCCAAGACCACGACCCCUUCGAGGAAGAGGAGGACCGCUUCCAGAACCGCCAGGAGACCGCAGACCAGGAGGACUGCGAUGGGUACCACCAGCGCAUCGAGAGGCAGCUGGAUGGCAACGGCUACGGCCAGACCGCACACCCCUGGAAUGACGACCAACACCAGCGGGAGCGGGAAGACUACGUGGCCAUGAGAGACGACCUGGAGUAUUGGGCGGCCAUCUGGAUGGAUAACUUGGUGCAGCUCCCCACGGACAACAGCAACUGGAUGCAGAUCUGCGUGCCGCUCCUGGAAACCAUCCUGGGAGGCGGAGGCAACAAUGGCAUGGUGAGACUGCUCAGAGGUUGGUACCAGCAGACGCAGCAGCAGAUCAACACAAGACAGCAGCUUGCGCAGCAGCUCAACCAGCCUGACCCAGGCAGGCUGAACGAUGAAGGUGCAGCCAAGGACCAGCAGCAGGCCCUCCUCGCAGACCUGCACGCCAUAGCAGAGGGCGCCCUCGUGGACCCAGGGACGAUCAGCAGGGUAGCAGAGGAGGUAAAGAGCAUGGCCAAGCUACUCACAAAGGCGGUGAAGAAGGCGUACAUCCACUGGGUGCAUGACGCCACGGCUGGCAGUGCGAAGAUGGCCCACGCCUACACCAAAGCAGCGGAGCGCAGCCAUCUGGAGGACAUCCUAGAGCACGAGGGCCAGGUCAUCAACCACCCGCAGCAGCUGGUGGACUUGCGCAAAGAAGCAUGGCAACGCAGGUGGACACGAGAUGCGCAGAAGGCCGAGAGGAUCCAAGAGGCGCUGGCCAAGCUGAGGCAGGCUGCCCUGGCCCAAGAGAAUGCCCUCGAGCCCAUCAGCAAGGACAUCAUAGGCUCCAUCAUCCAGCACCUGAAGAGCAAUGCAGGCCAAGGAGCGGACUGGUGGAGGGCUCCAGAGCUCAAGGCCAUGGGAGCCCAGGGGCUGGGAGAUUUCGUGCAGUGCCUGACCAGCUGUGAGCAACGGGCAGCCUGGCCGUGGCAAUUCUACUUGGUGCUGGAGCUGCUGCUGGGUAAGAAGCCAGGAAUCGGGGGAGAGCGCCCCAUCGGCCUCAUGCCCAUGCCGUACCGCAUCUGGAGCGCAGCCAGGAGGCCCAUAGUAGCCACCUGGAGCAAGGCAGCGGCGGGCUUCUGGGAUACGGCAGUAGCUGGCUCCUCAGCGCUACGAGUGGCAAUGCACAGACUUAUGAGGGCAGAAGCCGCCACGGAGAUGGGCUUUCAUGCAGCAGGAGUGUUCUACGACGCGGCAAACUUCUACGACAACAUAGGCCUCGACCAGCUGAUCGAGAAGGCCAGUGCCCUCCAGUACCCGUUGCUGCCGCUGGCAAUGGCCGUGCAGAUGUACCUUGCGCCCAGGGCCAUCAUGGCCCACAGCCUCUUCUCGGACAUCUUUGAGCCUGCCAACAGCAUGGUAGCAGGCUGUGGCCAAGCGGUAGACCUCACCAGACCGCUCUUGUAUGGAAUCCUGGAUGCAGCGCACAGGCACCAUAUCUUCGUCGUCAUGCAGCAGUACCUGGACGACUUGGCCCUGCAGGUAGAGGGCGCGCGGCGGCAGGUCAUUGACCAGAUCAAGCACGUGGCGGCGCUGGUGCACGAUGGUUUCAAGCAGCUCGCGAUCCCCAUCUCAGUCAAGACGGCAGUGGUGGCCUCGGACAAGGACCUCCAGGCAGAAGUCGCCAGCAUCCUGGACAGCCUGGGCACCCCCAACAAGCAACCAGGGGUAGUGCGCGACCUCGGCGUGGACACCAGCCUUGGGAAGCAACUGCGGCGACCCACCCAUGCCGCGCGCCAGGCCAAGGCCAAGCAGAGGGUGGCCAAGCUCAGGGACCUGGCGAAGACGGACGCCAGAGGCGCGGCAAAGGUCUAUGCAGCAGGUGCCUACUGCCAGCAGGCUUGGGACUUACCAGCGCACGGCAUCACGCCCACGGAGGCGAAGUUGGUCAGGGCAACGGAGGCAGCGCUCCUCACAGGCGGACACAAGGCUGGACGCUGCACGUCCACCAUCCUCCUGAUCCAGAGGGGUAUGCAAGAGGCAGUAACCCGAGCCAUCGGCGACCAGAUCAAGCAGUUCUGGCUCACCGUAGUCGACCACCCGACGGAGCUCAAGAGGUACCAGAGGGGCUGGCUCCUGCUCUACGCCAAGCUGGGCGCCCUGGAACCCAACCGCAGGUGGCAGCAGGUCCAGCAGAGCGCGCAGCAGCAGCUCUGGCAGCAGGCAGCUGGCCAUCGCAGUGGAGAAGGACUUCCGGCUGGAGGCGACCUCUAUCAGCUGCAGCGCCACUUGAGAAGAAGGAGGCGUAAAGGACAGCAUGCAGAGGCAGCAAUGUUGCAGACCAUAGCGGUGGCAGGCAUCUGGGCCAGGGAGCGUCGCAGGGCGGCCAACCUCAACCAAGAAGGCGAUGACACCUGCGCGAGAUGCGGCGAGGCGAUAGAGACAGAGGAACACCGCUACUACGCCUGCCCUGCCAACACAGAAAUAGGGCACAGCAAUGACACCGACCUGGCGAAGAAGGCGAAGGACGCGCUGGACCAGCGGCAGGACUUGCAUUUCUGGCUCCGAGACAUCCCGCCAGCGGCCUGGGCAGCCAAGGUCGACCCAGACGAGGACGCGGCGAAGGCGGCGCAGAUCUUCUGCACCAGUGAAGAGGCACACGCUGCAGCCCAGUCAGGGCACAAGGUGCGGGCAGACUAUGUUUUUACGGACGGCUCAGGUGGUGCAGGGGAAACGGCCAGGGACCCCCGCCUCAGACGCUGCGGCUGGGCAGUGGUGGCAUUCAGGUUCGACGAACAAGGUCGUCCGCAGGAAGUGGCUGCCUGGUACGGCACAAUCAGGGCACCGCACACGGUGCCACGGGCAGAGCUCACCGCCAUGAGCAAAGCCAUCGGGUACACCACGGCGGCGAAAGCCAGGGGGCUAAACAUAGUCAGCGAUUGCAAAUACGCCCUGGACGCACUCAAGCAGAUCCAGGACCCUGAGGAUCUGGACUACAG